UUUAAAUUUGGCCCUUUAUUAACAUAUAUGCCACGUCACUCCACUCACUCCAAGGUCAACGCCCAACACAACCACAUCAUCAAACCGUCACCUUUAACGCAUGGCCGCUAAACUCAGUUCUCCCAUGGCCCCUACUCGUCGACGCAUGCUCUUCCUCCUCCUCAACCUCCCCCUCCUCCACCGUCCAGCCGCCACCCCCGUCGCCAUCGAGUUCCUCUACCCCAAUUUUACCGCCUCAAGCAUAAACUUCAUUGAGAAAGGAGGCCUCUUUCUCACCUCCACCUCCUCCACCUUCUCCGCCAUACUCUCCUCUGACUCCCCACAAUCCUCCUUCGUCUUCUCCAUCCUCCACACUCCCACCUCUACAAUUGUCUGGUCUGCAAACCCCGCUGCUCCGGCCCCAUACAACUCCGUCCUAUCCCUCUCCACUGCCGGCCUCGCCAUUUCCCUCCCAAAUGGCUCCUUCCUUUGGUCCACCCCUGUUCUUUCCCGACACGCAGCCGCCCUCCAACUCACUGAAUCCGGCAAUCUCCUCCUCCUCGACGCCGCCAACAUGUCUUUGUGGCAAUCUUUCGACCACCCUACAGAUACCCUUCUCUCUUCCCAGCGCCUCCCCGUUGGCUCAUCCCUCACCACCUCCGCCGGCGACUACCGCCUCCUCGUCAACUUCGAAGACGCCAUCCUCUUCUGGUCGAAUGGAGAUCAGCAGUACUGGCGCCUGUCGACUGAUCCGCUCUCGGUGAAAGACCUCAACGAUCCCGUGGCCUACAUGGCUUCCAAUGGCUCCGGGCUUUAUCUCUUCUCCGCCGGCGGGAGAGCGGUUUAUUUCGUUAACCUACCUUUGACGAAGCUUAAAUUCAUCAGACUGGAACCCACCGGCCAACUUGUCGUCAUGGGAUACUCGGGCACAGGCUCCGUACUCAAUAACGAGCUCGUCGCUCCAAGCGGUGCUUGCGAUCUUCCGCUGUCCUGCGGCAAGCUGGACGUGUGCACGGUGCAGAGUAGAGAUGUCGUUUGCAACUGCCCGGCGUCGUUAAAAGCGUUGCCUUCCGGCGGUUGCUCGCCGACCGAUAGCUCCAGUUUAGCCGCCAUAUCUGACUGCGCCGGCAAUAAGAACCAAUCGGAAGCAUCUUAUCUGAGCCUAGGAAGUAAAACCGGCUACUUCGCCAAUAAAUUCGCGAUCCCAGCUAGAGCCGGCGGGAACUUCUCGUCAUGCCGUAGCCUCUGCACGGUGAAUUGCUUCUGCUUGGGCUUUUUCUAUCAGAAUUCUUCAAAAUCCUGCUUCUUGAUUAAAAAUCAGAUCGGGUCACUUCUUAGCACUAGCAACCAAGGGAUUGUCGACAGUGGUGAAGGAUACAUCAAGAUCCUACCUUCGACGCAACCGCAGCAUGAUUCCGCUGAAAGCUCCAAUUUUGUCCCAAUCCUCUUGCCAUCCAUCGCCGGCAUACUCUUCGUCGUUAUCCUCUUCGUAGGAAUCUAUUGUCUGCGCCGCCAUAAACAACGGAGCGGCAACAACAAGCAAGCCCCAUUGAGGGAGAUAUAUUUAGGCCGGAAACCCUGGUCACAGCUCACUAGCGACGAUAGCUCCACCAGAGACAUCUUAAACUCCGAGGACUCCGAAAACUCCGACGAAAUUUCCAUCAAAGGCCUACCGCAACGAUUCACUUACGCUGAACUCGUCACCGCAACUAAUAACUUCUCUACCAAAAUAGGUUCCGGCGGCUUCGGCGAGGUGUUUCGCGGCGAGCUCCCUGAUAACACCACGGUAGCCGUAAAGCGCAUCAGCGCCGGCAUCACUGGAAGCAUCCAUGGAAAAAAGGAAUUUUGCACGGAGAUCGCCGUCAUCGGCAGCAUCCACCACGUAAACCUGGUUCGCCUCCGCGGUUUCAGCGCCGAAGGCCGCCGCCGCCGCCUCCUUGUCUACGAUUACAUGAACCGCGGCUCACUCGACCGUUCCCUGUUCUGCACCGGCGGCCCUGUCCUGGAAUGGCAGGAGAGAAUGGACGUAGCCGUCGGCGCGGCGCGAGGGCUAGCCUACCUCCACUCCGGCUGCGACCGCAAGAUUGUCCACUGCGACGUCAAGCCCUAGAACAUCCUCCUCCACGACGUAGGCGGCGUCAAGAUUUCAGAUUUCGGCCUCGCGAAACUCAUUAGCCGCGAACAAUCCGGGCUCUUCACGACGAUGAGGGGCACAAGAGGGUAUCUUGCGCCGGAAUGGCUCGCCAAUUCGGCCAUAUCGGAUCGAGCCGACGUGUACAGUUACGGGAUGGUGCUUCUGGAGAUUAUUCGAGGGAAGAAGAACUGGUUGGUAGAGAGCGAUACAUCCGAGGGAUGGUCAAACGUGACCUCCGGCGAAGGGGAAAUGGGGUAUUUUCCGAUUCUCGCUUUAGAAAUGCACGAGAAAGGAAAGUAUUUGGAGCUUGCGGAUCCGAGGCUGGAGAAGAGGGUGAGGGAGGAGGAAGUGGAGAGGGCAGUGAAAGUGGCGCUCUGUUGCUUACAUGAGGGGCCGGCUCUGCGGCCAUCGAUGGCCGCAGUGGCGGCGAUGCUUGAUGGAAGCAUGGAGGUGGCGCGCCCGAGGCCGGAGGAGCUUGCGUUUCUCCGGCUCCUAUGUGGGAAGAGAAUUGUUGAUUUGGGGAGCUUCGGCGUGAAUCUGACCGAUGACGAUGAGGUGGGGAAUGGGACGGCUUCUCGGUCCGACGCUUUUGCGCCGCGGCCGAAGAUGUCUCAGGCUGAAGGGAAAGGGUUUAGCUCUUUGUGGUAAUUGUGAGGCUCGGCUGUCGGGAAUCAUCAAGCAACAUUAAUUAAAUUUUUAUUU